AAUUAGGAAGCAGUAACUUUUUACAGGAGACUCGUCACGGGAACGCUCUGCAGUGCUGCUCUAGAGCGCAGACCCACACUUGCACUAUCCUUUGUUGCUUCUUGACAUCAAUUACAACACUUUAAGCUAAUACGACUGCCCACAAGUAUUCCAAUACACGUCGCUGCUUUCAGCCGGCCGGGUUUACAAUUUUGGCUGCAUAGCUUGCCCAACUGCCGCUCUAUCCGCUGUUCUAGCAUUCCUAUGUAUCAAUAAUUGACCAAGAAUUGGUAGAUUGGUCGUCGGAGCUUGACUGCGUUUUCGAUCCUGCCCGCGCUGAGCUCUUCUGAACUGGAACAGCGGCCAUGUCGCUGGAGAUUGAGGCCACAGAUGUGAUCAAGAUUAUCCUGCAGUUUUGUAAGGAGAACGGUCUUACGGACUCGUUCAAUGCCAUUCAGAACGAGUGCCAGGUGUCGUUGAACACGGUGGACAGCGUUGACAACCUGGUGGCCGACAUAAACAACGGCCGCUGGGAUGCGGUGCUGCCGCAGGUGGCCCAGCUCAAGCUGCCACGUGCCAAGCUGGAGGACCUGUACGAGCAGGUUGUGCUCGAGCUGUUUGAGCUGCGGGAGAUCGACACCGCGCGCGCCAUGCUGCGGCAAACACAGGUGUUCCAGCGCAUGAAGCUGGACGACCCGGAGCGCUACAGCCGCCUGGAGCACCUGGCCUCGCGCACCUACUUCGACGGCCGGGAGGUGUACGGCAGCGGCAGUAGCAAGGAGAAGAGGCGGGCGGCCAUUGCGCACGCGCUCAGCCAGGAGGUGGUGAUGGUGCCGCCCAGUCGCAUGAUGGCACUCAUCGGCCAGGCGCUCAAAUGGCAGCAGAGCCAGGGCCUGCUGCCGCCCGGCACCGCCUUCGACCUGUUCCGCGGCACUGUGCAGUCGGCGCGCGACGAGGUGGAGGCCUUCCCCAGCGUGCCAGACCACGAGAUCAAGUUCACCACCAAGAACCACCCCGAGGUGGCGCGCUUCAGUCCGGACGGCUCCAUGCUCAUCACAGGCAGCGUGGACGGAUUCAUCGAGGUGUGGGACGCGGUGACGGGGCGGCUGAAGAAGGACCUGACCUACCAGGCGGAGGAGAUGUUCAUGAUGCACGACGAGGCAGUGCUGUGCCUGGGCUGCAGCAGGGACAGCGAGAUGCUGGUGUCGGGCUCUCAGGACGGGCGCAUCAAGGUGUGGAAGAUCCGCACCGGCCAGUGCCUUCGCCGCUUCGACCGCGCACACAGCCAGGGCGUCACCUGCGUCAGCCUGUCCAAGGACGGCACGCAGGUGCUGUCCGGAUCGUUCGACGGCACGGUGCGUGUGCAUGGCCUCAAGAGCGGCAAGAUGCUCAAGGAGAUGCGCGGCCACACCAGCUUCGUGAACGACGUCAUCUGGGGCGCCGACGGCAGCCAGGUCAUCUCGGCAAGUAGCGACGCCACGGUGCGCGUGUGGGACGCCAAGUCCUGCGAGUGCGUGCAAGCCUUCAGGCCGCCCCAGGCCGGCGGCGGCGGCGACGCGGCCAUCAACUGCGUUGCGCUCAACCCGCUGAACGCCGACCAGCUGCUGGUGUGCAGCCGCACCUCCACCGUCUACAUCAUGACCAUGCAGGGCCAGGUGGUCAAGAGCUUCAGCAGCGGCAAGCGCGAGGGCGGCGCCUUCCUGGCCGCCGUCACCUCGCCGCGCGGCGAGUACAUCUACUGCCUGGGCGAGGACGGCAUCCUGUACUGCUUCGGCGCCAACAGCGGCAAGCUGGAGCACGUCAUGAACGUGCACGAGAAGGGCCCCAUCGGCCUGGCGCACCACCCGCACCGCAACGUCAUCGCGUCGUACGCGGCGGAGGGGCCGCUGCGGACGUGGAAGGCGUGAGGCAGGAGUGACUGGGGCGUGGGUGGUGGCUACGGUUUCGAUGGGCGUGAGGGAGGUGGUUGGGGAUGGGGAGUGCCGAACGGUGAGGCGUUGGCGUUGGAUGAGGGCAACUACAGGCAUGUGGGUUGCAUGCGCGGCGGGGUGUGGUGCAACAGCGUGUGGGACUAGGCGUUGCCAGAUUGAGCAUCACUGCGGGAAGCUGGUUGGGAGACAGAUGAGCGGUUGAUGCUGCAUGGCGCUGGAGGUGGGAGAUUGGGGGGCAAAG